AGCGCAGGAUACAGAGGAAAAACAGAGAGAAAUUAACAGAGGAGAAGAUAGUUUUUCUUUUUCUUUUUUGAAAUUUUAAUUUAUUUUUUCGGUGUUUUGAAGAGGAAUUUUGGUUUUACAAUGGCCUUGGCUAUUGCUUCUUCUUCCUCAACUGCGAUUUCUGGGUCUGGUUUCCCUCCCUCUAGCUCUUCCUCUGAGCUCAAAGUUCAUCAAAUAGGGUCAUUUAGGUUAGUAGAUCGGCCUCAUGUUGCUUCUUCGACGCUGAAUUUGAGACGGAGCUCGGUGAAGCCAUUGAAUGCCGAGCCAAAAAGGAACGAUUCCAUGGUUCCUCUUGCAGCAACCAUGGUUGCUCCUGAGGUGGUAGAGAAAGUAGAGGUUGAGGACUUCGAGCAAUUGGCGAAGGAGCUCGAGAAUGCUUCUCCUCUAGAAAUCAUGGACAAAGCCCUCGAGAAAUUCGGCAAUGAUAUCGCCAUAGCUUUCAGUGGUGCAGAAGAUGUUGCGCUGAUCGAGUAUGCACUUUUAACCGGAAGGCCCUUCAGGGUGUUCAGCUUGGACACCGGAAGGCUAAACCCAGAAACAUAUAAAUUCUUUGAUUCCGUUGAGAAACAGUAUGGCAUUCACAUCGAGUACAUGUUUCCGGAUGCUGUUGAAGUUCAGGCAUUGGUGAGGAGCAAGGGUUUGUUCUCUUUCUACGAAGAUGGGCACCAGGAGUGCUGCCGUGUGAGGAAGGUGAGGCCACUGAGGAGAGCCCUUAAGGGUUUGCGUGCUUGGAUCACCGGACAAAGGAAAGACCAAUCUCCAGGAACCCGAUCCGAAGUUCCUAUUGUUCAGGUGGAUCCAGUUUUUGAGGGAUUGGAUGGUGGUGUUGGCAGCUUGGUGAAGUGGAAUCCUGUGGCCAACGUUGCUGGUAGAGACGUUUGGAACUUUCUCCGGACCAUGGAUGUGCCUGUGAAUUCCUUGCACUUCCAAGGAUAUGUAUCGAUUGGUUGUGAGCCGUGCACUAGGCCUGUGUUGCCUGGGCAGCACGAGAGGGAAGGAAGAUGGUGGUGGGAAGAUGCCAAGGCAAAGGAAUGCGGCCUUCAUAAAGGGAAUUUGAAGGAGGAAAGUUCAAAUGGAAAUGGAAACGGGACAACCAACGGAAGUACCACGGUAGCUGAUAUUUUCAAUAGCCAGAAUUUGGUGACUUUGAGCAGGGCAGGAAUAGAGAAUUUGCUGAAAUUGGAGAACAGAGCAGAACCGUGGCUUGUUGUGCUUUAUGCACCAUGGUGCCCCUUCUGCCAGGCAAUGGAAGCAUCAUACGUGGAGUUGGCUGACAAAUUGGUGGGAUCAGGAGUAAAGGUUGCAAAGUUCAGAGCAGAUGGUGAUCAGAAGGAAUUUGCCAAGCAAGAACUACAACUUGGAAGUUUCCCCACAAUACUACUGUUCCCUAAACACUCCCCUCGGCCAAUCAAGUACCCUUCCGAGAAGAGGGACGUCGAUUCCUUGAUGUCCUUCAUUAACGCUCUCCGGUGACAGAAUCGAGAAAGAAAAAACGAAAAGAGAUGAAUGAUGAUUUCAUCUCAUUUUCAUCAAGGAAGAAAGAAUAAAGGGGUCCCCCUUUGCAUUUUCAUGAACGGAAAUGAAUUUAAAGGCAAAAAGCAAGAUGGCGAUAUAGGAGUGGACCUGGACUGUACCUUAAGUUUCAGUUUUCUUUGUUAUAGUUAUAGUGAUAGGCGCACCUUUGGGUGUUUUUGUAUAUCUUUUAUACACUUGUUUUGUGCUAGUCUCUGGUUAGAAGGGUUUCUUUGUAUUCUACAGUAGAAAAGGUCUGGUCCGUUUAGUAAUGUGGAAAGUCUGAAACUUGAUACCAUUUAUAUCGUCUUCCGGUGUUUCUUUUGUUCAUCUUUUUUCAAAGGGUAAAUACAGAAAUUGGGUUGGAAUUU